AUGCACACUUCUCGAUCCCCACAAAGGAUCCUCCUCACACACGUAAUUAGACGUGAACACAAAAAAGAAUAUGGUGUUGCCUCCUUUUAUACGUUACAUGCGGAAGACCAAUUGCCAUUGUGUGGAUACAAAGACAUAACACCAGUCAAGUUUCCAAGAAGAAAUGUCAAUAUUGUUGGUUCAUGUAAUGGAAUUCUUCUACUGUAUGAAAAUGGUGUAAUUAGUCUAUGGAACCCUUCAAUCAUGCGCCAACUAACCCUGCCUUAUUGUCCUCUUCGGAGGUGCUCUGGUGAGAUGGCGAUCGGGCUUGGAUUCGACCCAAUGACUGAUGAUCACAAGGUUGUGAGUAUUCCUGCAUAUGGAAAUGGAAAUGGAGAAAGUUCAUUCGUUUACACCAUCAAGACCGGUGCUUGGCAUACGAUUGCUUCGCGUAUGCCUUUGUAUGAUGACGUGAAAUCAACGACGAGUUAUCUCAACGGUGUAUUGCAUUGGGUGGUGGGACAUUCUUUGCCUAAUUCAGAAAAAAGACAACUUUGUUAUAAUAUAAUGACAUUCGAUUUGAGCAGUCAUGUUUUUGGCAUGAUUGCUUUGCCAAAACCCAGUUGGCCAAUCCACCAAGUAACAACCAUCCAAGGUUCUGUAGCUGUGAUUUCUAUGGAAAAGCUUUUCGAUGACAGUUGGAUUUGGGUGAGGAGAGAUGCAGAUGCUUCUUGGUCUGUGAUUUUUAAAUCGAAAACAAAUCAAAUUCAAGCAGGGGUAAAGACAGUUUUGGGACUGACCAACAAUGGUGAUUUGUUGCUAGAAACUUACUUCCAAGGGCUCCAAGUUUAUAAUCCUAAGAAAAGGUCGAGAUCAAGUCUAGUGAACUUUAAUGAUGAUUCUUUUUUAUUCGAUAUGGAUACGUUUGUCGAAAGCCUUCAGUUGCUUCACAUGGGGACUGCUUGCAAAGUAAACCAUCUUUUCUUGCAAGAAACAAAGAGAAAGUGA